GACGUUUCGCAGCAAACAUUCUUGAAUCCUUCCGUUGUGGAGGGCCAUAUUUCCUUAUUUCAAUUUGUUUUUACACACGACUCUCGUCAGAUAAUUCCCUUACCAUUAAUUUAAUUUGCCAUUUGAACGACUCGUAAGUCAAAUAACCUCCGACUGCAGCAGCUUUGUUAGGAUAUGGGCUUCAGCCUUUAGUUGGAAAUGGGGUGUUCCCCCGCCCUAGUGUGUCAAGAAUGAGGAAACGCGUAAACAGCAGAUUCUGGAUCUGCUAAUCUGCUGCUCUGGAGAGUUCACGGCUCACUGCGAUCCGAAGGCUUCGGCGCACCUGCUGACCGGUUCAGUCUACUCUACAUCGACAGACUUCUGGGGCAGAUGGCGGCUUCUUUAGUGACCGCUGUAGUGGCACACAACAACGCCACGGAGUCCAACAAGCAACAGGAGAACCACGCGAACAUCGCCUUUGUGCUGGUGCCCGUCUUCUUCCUGCUGGGUCUUCUGGGCGUGCUCAUCUGUCACGUGCUGAAGAGGAAGGGCUACCGCUGUACCACGGACACUGAGCAGGACGAAGAGCAUGACAUCGAGGAUGAGGAGAAGUGCCUGGACCAAGGAGAACUGAACGACACCUUCAGUGAGGGCAACACGGACACGGUGGGCCAGAUUGUUCACUACAUCAUGAAAAAUGAAGCCAACACGGAUGCCCUGAAGGCCAUGGUAACCGAGCACAGCAUGGACUCUGAUGGUGUUCCAGUGACGCCCACCUCGCCCACAGCACCCACUAUUCCGACGCCCACCACGCCGGCUGCUCCUGUGUCGCCUGGCGCCCCCGCCGGGGCAGCCAAGCACACCUGUAACCACUUGCACACCAUUGGUGGGGUAGUGGGUCAGAAGAGCAUCUGCAGCCGCUGCAAUCAGAAAAAAUGGCCCCUCAUGCAGCCCCGAUCAGGCAAGAAGGCGGAUCCAGCGAAAAGACGCAGCCACACCGGAGAGGUCACUGUGCUGUCUGUGGGCAGGUUCCGAGUGACAAAGACUGACCCCAGGCCAGUGCGGGAGAGGCGGAGUCUUGUGAUCACCGAGCCCAAUGGCAGUGUCCCCGGUUCACCUGCGAGGGUGGAACCAGCACCACAGGGCUGUAGCAGCCCUACCCAGCCUCAGGCAGAGGGAGAUUAUAAAAAGUGAUGUAAAUGAAGCCAUGGCAGUCUACUUCAAGGACAGCUGAGUGAGAAUUUUAAAUGUGUUUUAAACCUAAAAUCACUCUGCCAACAUUGGGGAGAGAGAGAGAGAGAGAGGACACAAUCUGCACUGGGGCAACCCUUUUCCCAUACAAGGCUCAUACUGUCAAGAUGGACAGAAAAGAUGGUGGAGGUUUUUAAAACUGCAUCUGACUCCACCCUCCUGCCACAGGGGCUGGGUUAUGUACUGGGAAGAGGAUGGAGGAACAGACACCAGUCCUCCCUGUACAAACAUGCACAACUGUGGACACCAUCGCUCCAUGCUGGUUUGCAGCCACAAACCUGCCGGUGGCUAAUCCAUAUGGCCAAACGGACUGUCAAAUUAGAUCUGGACUCCAGAAAGGUUAUGUGGUUUGGGUGUGACUCGGUGGGCUACUUCUAGUAAGCAGGAACUCUUUAUUUUUAAUGCAAUUUAUAUGUACGGUCACUGCAAUGAACCAAGAAAAGCAUCUUAAAAACGACCUUUGGAUCCAGGCUUACCAGAUGCUCAGCUGUGCUCCUAUGAGACUGGCUGACUGCGUCCCACCCGUCAGUCCACCAAAUGGCUGUUACUUAAUAUUUUUCUCUUGCCUUUAAACACUAUUUCUGCCUUAAAACGCAUCCGUUUGAUGUGUGUAAUGUUGCUUCAUCUAGAGUCGGUCACUUCCUGUUUAUAGCUCACUGUUUUUAGCUGUAGUUCUUAGGACAUGAAUUGUUUUAUACUGCAGUGUCCAGCCUGAUAUAAAACCGAUCUCAAACCCAUAUUAGCAUUCCAUGGCUUUCUCCAGACGUCCGCACAGAGCAACUAGCACGACGUUGAUGUGAGUCUUUUCUAUGACCAUGAGCACAAAACAAAGAAUGAAUUAAAAGCAAAACACUUUAUUGACAAACUCUGCAAAUGAGUGCCUAAAAACAAGAGGAAAGGGAGAAAAGGGAGCCAUUAAUUAUACAGGUGAUCUUCAUGUAUGGUGCCCUUCUCAGCGUUCAUGUUCAGUACCUGAAUGUCCGCAAACGAGUCGGUAGCAGUACUGACAAAUGUAAGCAUCACUGGUCUUUUUGCUCUGCGCUCUGUUGCAUUUCCUGCUGUCAAGCCUGCAUGACUUCUCAUUACCCACAUUCACAUACUUGAAGAAAGUGGUGUAACCUAUGAUAUAUUGUCAUAUUUAUCUGGUCAUUUAAAGCUGUAGUAUGCCUGUGGUAGUCCUGACCUCUCCGUUGACUGGUGAGAACAUCUUCACAGGCGCUAUACAUGGCUUUGAAUGGUUUUGUUUGAACUACCUGCCAAAGAGAAGGACUCUUGGGCUAUAGGAAACGCAGUUUUCUAUCAUUAAUCGCCAAAAUCAAUUUGCCCAUGUGUUUAUAUUUAUUAUGUGAAUUGCAUGAGAAAAUUGAGAUUUAAUAUUUUUAAAGGAAUUGUUUGCGGGAAGAAUUCAUGUACAUUUUUCGCUAGCUUCCAAUGCAGCUGAUCAAACAAAUGUGUCCAGAAUUGUUUUAUUUUGCACUGGAGCUCUGACACUUCCAGAUAAUAGAAGCUUCUGCCUGCAUCUGAGCACUGUGCAGACUACAUUUUGAAGAAAAAAAACAAACAAACCCUUAACUCGGUCAUUUUGUUGGGUCAGUGGGCUAGAUAACGCCCUUUGUUCAUACAGUUUCACACAAGUUCACACAUUCCUGUUUUAAAAUGUCAUUUCAGCCUGAACUCUAUAUGAUGCAGGUGGUCAUAAAGUAGUUGUUGGCUGCAUUUUACUCUCAAAGCUUCAGUGCAAAAAUCAAUCCUUUGCUCAUUUGUAUUUUUGAUAUUUCAUGAUCCACCUUUUUAAAUUGCAUUUGCAAUAAAAAUAAGAAAUUAAGUGUUUAGAUUUCAUGUCUCAUGCUUUGUAUUUCUGCAGCAAAACUCAUUGGUGCCUUUUUGACAAAUAAUCAGUUAUUAUUUUUUGGUUUGAUCUGUUCCCUCUAAAGGCAUAUUAUAAAUAAUGAGAAGUUAUGUGAUGAGUGAUAUUUCUGGAUAUACUUGAUACGGAUGUUUUCUGUCAAGCAUUGUGUUCAGAUGAUAUUUCAGUGAUGGCGACACUUCACCCCUGAAGUGCUCCUGAUAAGUGCUUGUAAUAAACAAUAUAAUUAGAGGGUGAAUUAUUCCUUUAAUGAACAGCUGUGACUGAACCUUAGUUCUGCAAAUGUUAAGGAUAAUUAUUGACCAUUUUUAAAUGAAUUCAAAAUGUAUUUAACAAUGAACCUUUUGAAAUAAAUUUGCUUAGAAUAUAAUGAAAUAUUAACACUAAUAAAAUUAUUUGAAAUUGUUGAAAAAAUGUGAUAGAGAACAAGAUAUU